AAAAGUUAGGGUUUGGAAGAUUUUGGAUUUUAGGGAUUUGGGAUUUUGGGCUCGGUGGAUGGAUCAAGUAAUCUGAAAGUUGGAAACGGAAGCGAGCACCCUCUGCGAGUUGAAGAAAUUGGAAUUGAUUAGUGAUGGAGGAGGAUGAGAUUCAGAGAGAUGGGGAUGGGAAGGUAAGGUCGUUGAUCGAGAUAGCAACUAACUCAACAGCUCCAGAUGUCGAUCCUCGAAUUCUCAAAUCCAUCAAAUUGGUGGUUCGUUCUUCCGACUCUGCAAUUCAACUCGCCGUCGAAACCCUAAUGGAGAAGAUGAAGACAUAUCACUCCCAGGUGAGGUACCUUGCCCUUCUUAUAAUCGAUGAGUUGUUCAUGCGCUCAAAGCUAUUCAGAUCCCUACUUGUCAUGAACUUUGGUCAGUUUUUGAGUUUGAGUGUUGGUUUCGGUUCUGGAGUGAACCAACCACUCCCUCCACCGGAUGGUAUUGCAAAAAAACUUCGUUCGAAAGCAAUUGAGUUUUUAGAGAAAUGGAAUGAUUCAUUUGGCAUACAUUACAGACAGGUGAGGUUAGGAUUUAACUACUUGAAAAAUACCCUUCGGCUUCACUUUCCAAAUAUUCAGCAAAAUGCAUCUCGUAUUGAACAAGAGAGAAGACAAAGAGAGAUGAGGUCUAAAGAAAUUUUACAAAACAAGUUUGCCUCUCUUAGGGAAACCAGUGCUUCAUAUAAGGGUGAAAUUAUGUCAACAGUUGAUGAAAUAGAGGAAUGUUUGCAGAUUCUUAAUACCAAAAAUGAAUUAAUACCAUUGGAUGUGUUUGAGGAGGAUGAAGUUGAAGAAUUCCGGUGCUCUGCUUUACAACAGAUUCGUUUUGCUGCAUUGGAAGAAGGGAAAAAGGUCCGUGAGAACAAUGACAAUCAAGCUGUUUUUGAUGUACUGAGGGAACUUUACAAACUCCUAGUGACGAAGCAUUUGGUCUCAUUGCAAGAAUGGAUGGUUGUUCUUGUGAAGGUUGAAACAGAAGACAUCAGAUUUAGAGAUUCCACAAUGAAAGAUUUCAUUGAUAUUCGAAAUCAUCUGCUAUCAGUGAAGAAGAGGUGUGAAGAAUCAGGUUGUGCUCCUUCCAGCAAACGUGAAGAAGAGGAUUUGUGGGAGGAGGGUAAAAUAGAAGCCUUUGAUGGUGGGGAUUGUGGGGAACCUAGCAAGCCAUGUGAAGAUAUUGGCAAUAUGUCAACUCUGAGAAAAAAGAAAAAUGCUGUCUGCAAUACAGACCCAAGUGGCAGUAAGACCAUGGAUCGCAGAGUAGAUGGUUCUGAUAUAACCCCUCUUAAGAGAGAACUUUUGGCCAAAGCUCCUGUUAUGAAUUGGGGAUCUUUCCUGGAUAAUUGGGGUUCAAACAGGGAUUUUAUGGCUAACCAGAGAGGAUUGGAGCUUGAGGGUCAUUGGGGCCGGGUAGACUAUGAUGCAGUUAUUCCGGCAGAGAAAAUUGCUGAAUUGAAUGUUCAGACUACAUUAUACAAGGAAGACAAUGUUGAAAUUCAACCCUGCCAUGCUCCAUUGAGUAAGGGGGGACUUUGUCAGAGAAGAGAUUUGAGAGUUUGCCCAUUUCAUGGGCCCAUCAUACCACGAGAUUCUAAAGGAAAUCCUAUCAUUGAAAAUUCAACUACAGAUGAUAAAACUCUUGAUUUGGGAGCUGAAAUAGUCGAGCAAUUGGCCAAACAGGCAGUGAAGAAUGUGCGAGAUAGAGAUAGAGAUGAAGUAAAACAAGAGGUAAUUGAUAAAAAGUCACUGAAGCGUGCGAAGCUUGCAAAGGUUCGUGAGCACAAUGAAGCAGUCUUACGGCAAUCUGCACUGGCAUCAACCUCACGGUCUGCUCAAUUUGGAGAAGAUUUGGAAUCAGUGGGUAUGAAGAAGACCAUGGCCAGAAAGAAGAAACAAACACUUGCAUCAAUGCUGCGUAAGAAAGAUACUCCAAAAGAUAGAUUGGCAAAGAGGCUUUUGAAUUCUCGCGCAACAGUAAGGAAUCUGACAUUAGGGGAGGAUUCAAAAUAUAGGGAAGCUUUUCCAAAUCAAUGGUAGAUGAAUGUGUUAUUUUCUUACAAAAUUUGUAGGCUCUAACUUUAAGAGAGUAAUUGAUUCCAUACUUGUAUUAUAUGUUGGACCACGCUGGGCACACUGUUACUUCUUUGUAACAUGCUUGAUUCUUUUGGGGGAAAAGGAGCUAGUGAAGAAUGUUCUGCCCUCGUAUA